AUGUGCGCUGAACCACGUGCAAAGCACAUGAAGCGUCUACCUUUUGAUAGGUUUUUUGACUCGAGUACAAUUGGUUGCAGAGGUGGGAUUUGGUUGCUCUGGAAGUCUGACAAAUUAGAGCUCGACUUGAUCGGGUCUACGGAGCAAGAAAUCCACGCCACUGUUAAGGUAAUUUCCUCAAAUUUAGUUUGGUUUUUGUCUGCUAUUUAUGCUAGUCCUAGGGCUGCUGAACGUAGAAUUUUGUGGAAUAAUCUCUGCAUUGUUGCUGAUAGUCAUACUUUGCCUUGGCUUAUUACUGGUGAUUUUAAUGAUAUUAUCAACUCUCAUGAUAAAAGGGGAGGAGCCCCUAUGUCGUUGAGUAGAACUAGAGCUUUCCUUAACUGUCUUAAUUAUUGCAAUGUUACUGAUUUAGGUUUUAAGGGGCCUAGGUUUACUUGGUCUAAUAAUAGAAAUUUGAGUCAAUUGAUUCAGGAAAGGAUAGAUAUGGCUUUUGCCAAUCCUGAUUGGAGGCUUAUGUUCUCUGAUGCUUAUGUGUCCCAUCUUCCUAGGACACAUUCUGAUCACUGCCCACUUUUAAUUUCUUUCUUUAAAAAUCAGGUGGAAAAGGGCAAUAAACCUUUUAGAUUUCAGAAAAUGUGGUUUAAUCACCUUGACUUUUUCCCUCUGGUUCAUAGUAGUUGGAUCGGAGUUGAGGGUGAUCUUAGUAAUAGAUUAAACAAUGUGAAGGAAAAUCUUAAGUUUUGGAACAAGCACUCUUUUGGCAACGUCUUUCGUAAGAAGAAAAAGCUCCUUGCUAGACUAGCUGGUGUGGAAAGAGAGAUCGAUAUCAGCCAUUCUCAAUUUUUGCUUGACCUCCAUAAAACUUUAUCUCAAGAAUACAAGGCUAUCCUCAAGGAUGAGGAAGAUAUUUGGGCCAUGAAAUCUAGGGUAGAUUGGCUCAAUGAUGGUGAAAGAAAUACAAGAUUUUUUCAUGUUUCAACCUUGGUCAGACGCAAUUACAAUAGGAUUCUUAGGAUCCAAGAUGCUAAUGGUGUGUGGACUGACAAUUUGGAAAUUAUUAAAGGCAUUAUCCAACAGCACUUUGUUAGCCUCUUUACCACUUCUCAUUCUGAUACUUCGAGGGUUUAUAAUUCUGGUCCUAGGAAAAUUGUUGCUUUAGAUGAUUCAGCUCAGACCAGCCUUAUUACCCCUAUCUCAGAUAUCGAAAUUCAGAAAACAGUAUGGUCCUUCAAGCCCCAAAAAGCCCCUGGACCAGACGGAUUACACCCAUGCUUUUUCCAAAGAUGUUGGGGUAUUUUAAAAGAAAAAUUUUGUGGUGAUAUCAGGGAAAUUUUUUCAAAAAAGGAAAUGCCCAAGGGGCUUAAUGAUACCUUAAUUUCUCUCAUUCCCAAAAUUCCUAAUCCUGAAAAGGUUGGUCAUUUUAGACCAAUUGGCCUUUGUAAUUUUGACUACAAGGUUGUUACAAAGCUCAUUGUUAGAAGAUUAAGGCCCUUUUUGAAUGAUAUGAUCUCUCCUUAUCAGGCCAGUUUGAUCCCAGGCCGAAAUGGUGUGGAUAAUGUUAUUUUGACCCAAGAGAUUAUCCAUUCUUUUAACAAGAAAAAGGGCAAAGCUGGUUUUAUGGCUGUUAAGCUUGACUUGGAAAAAGGCUAUGACAGGCUUGAAUGGGGGUUUAUUAGGAAGGUUUUAACUUUUUUCAAAAUUCCUACUGAACUUUCUGAUCUCAUUAUGAGCUGUAUUUCUUCUUCUAGGAUUUCGGUGUUUGUUAAUGGGUUUGCUAUGGAUGAUUUUUGCCCUUCUAGAGGCAUUAGGCAAGGGGAUCCUUUAUCCCCCUACCUCUUUAUUAUGUGCAUGGAAUUCCUUAGCCUUAGUAUCUUGGAAACUUAUGAUAAUAAGAAUUGGCAACCUGUUAAAAUCUCUAGGAACAACCCUGUUUUCUCCCAUUUGAUUUUUGCGGAUGAUAUUGUUUUGUUUGGUAGAGCGGAUAAGAAAACUGCUACUGCUAUGGUUAAUGUCCUUUCUCUAUUUUGCAAUGAGUCUGGCCAAUGCAUCAAUUUAGAAAAGUCUAAAGUGUUCUUUUCCAAAAACACUCCUAUGUCUCAAAGAACCAACAUUGUUAAUAUCCUGGGUGUUAAUGAAACCUAUGAUCUAGGUAGAUACUUAGGCUAUCCACUUCAUACCUCUAGGGUGAAAAAAGAUGAUUAUUUGUUUAUUGUUGACAAAAUGAGAGGGAAACUUGCUGGGUGGAAGUCUAGGCUUUUAUCUACUGCUGGGAGACUAGUUUUGACGCAAUCUGUGCUUGAAUCGAUUCCUGCUUAUUCAAUGCAGUGCAGGGCUCUUCCUGCUUCCAUUUGCAAUGAAAUUGAUCAAAUUUGUAGGAACUUUCUUUGGGGGGAGGAAGAGGGAAAGAAAAAACUCCACCUUUUAAAUUGGAAGGAUGUCACAAAACCUAAGUAUGCUGGUGGUCUGGGUUUGAAAGAAGCUAGGCUCUUUAAUAAAGCUAUCCUAGGCAAACUGGUUUGGUCCUUUAAAAGAGACCCUAACACUUUAUGGGCUUCAUCUUUGACUGCCAAGUAUGGAAAUGAUCUCAAUAUUAAAAAUAAGUCUAGUUCCCUUACUUGGAGAGCCAUGGUUUGGGCGAAUGAACUUGUUGAAAAUGGUACUAUCAAAUCGGUGUACAGUGGCAAAGAAACUUCCUUUUGGUUCGAGGAUUGGACAUGUUUGGGCACCAUUAGAUCUUUAGUUCUUGGCCCCUUAAAUUUUGGAGAAGAGUUUCUCACAGUUGAACAAUUUUUCUCUCAAAAUCAUCUUUUUUCCUUUUCUCUUCCCCAUGAUAUUUUCUCUGUCAUCAUUGCUACACCCUUGCAAACCUUUGUUAGCAAGAGUGACACUUUCCUUUGGAAAGCUUCAAAUGAUGGUCAAUACACUGUUCAGUCUGCUUAUAAUUUGGCUAAGGGUAUUGGACAAGUUGACCAAUUUUGGAAAUGGGUUUGGAGUCUCAAGUUUCUACCCAAACUCAAGUUCUUUCUUUGGGAAGUUAUCCUUGGAAUUGUUCCUACUAGAUCUCUAUUAUUUCAUAGGGGCUUCAUUGUUAAUCUCUCAUGCCCUUUCUGCAAUUCUGAGGAAGAAACUCUUCAACACCUUUUUCGAGAUUGUAUUGUGACCCAAACCUUUUGGCAACAGGCUGGUUUCAUUUUCCAGCCCACCUCUCCCUUUGACUUAUGGUUGAAAGACAAUCUUCUUCGAAAAGAUUACCAUCAAAACCCUUCUAUCCCUUUCUCCUUGUUAUUUACCCACCUGUUAUGGGAAAUUUGGUUGGAAAGGAACCAAGUUGUCUUCAAAAAUGUAAGAGUAAGGGAAAAUCUUGUUUCUAGAGCUUUUAACAAAGCUGUUGAGUUUUUCUCCUUGACUGGCAGAAUCAAACGUGUCCAGUCCAUAUCUGCCCCAGUGUCUUGGAAACCCCCUGACCAGGGCUGGUUUAAAGUAAAUUGUGAUGGUUCCUCGCUAGGGAAUCCGGGAAAGGCAGGAGCAGGCUCUUUACUAAGAGAUGAAAUGGGUAACUGGAUUGCUGGUACUUCAAGACAUAUUGGUAGAGCUUCAAAUUUUCUUGCUGAAUUGUGGGCUUUGAAAGAUGGUCUUGCUUUAGCAAAAUCUUUGAAUGUCAAAAAGAUUAUUGUGGAACUUGAUGCAACUGCCAUAAUUUCUGCUGUUACUUCUCAAUAUGACACUAACACAAAUGUUAAAUAUAUGGCUAUUAUUGAUGAAUGCAUGUGGAUGUUGAAGCAGUUUGAGCAAGUUAAAAUUUGA